AUGGACAAUAAAAUAACGAUAUGCGACCCUGACGAGGAGGAAGUAGAAAAUGAUAUAUUGCGUGAUAUCGAACCGGUUAUGUGGAUCAAUGACGAUCCAAACUAUGAUUUGGACGAGGUUAACAUGUUUUUUCACAGAGUUGACUCGGAUCAAAUUAUAUACGAAGAAAAAAGAAAAAAAUGUAAAUUUAUCGGUAAAUAUGUCAUGGGUGAUGUUCUCGGUGAAGGUAGUUAUGGGAAGGUGAAAGAAGUACUGGAUUCGCAGACGCUUUGUCGCAGAGCGGUUAAAAUACUGAAGAAAAGAAAACUUCGAAGGAUACCGAACGGGGAACAGAACGUUCAACGGGAAAUAAAAUUGUUAAGAAUAUUAAAACAUAAAAAUGUAAUAAAUCUCGUAGACGUUUUAUACAGUGACGAAAAAGAAAAGAUGUAUCUAGUUAUGGAAUUUUGUGUAUGUGGAUUACAGGACAUGUUGGAAAGCACGCCCACCAAGAAGCUUCCACUUUGGCAGGCACAUGAUUACUUCUGUCAAUUGUUGGAUGGUUUAGAAUAUCUUUAUAGUAAGGGAAUAGUCCACAAAGAUAUUAAACCUGGAAAUUUGUUAUUAACCCUAGAUGAUACCUUGAAGAUUAGUGAUUUUGGUGUUGCAGAGGCAUUAGACAUGUUUUCCAAAGACGAUACAUGUACGAUAGGUCAAGGAUCCCCAGCAUUUCAGCCACCAGAAAUCGCAAAUGGCUGCGAAAGUUUCUCAGGUUUUAAAGUAGACAUAUGGAGUAGCGGAGUUACAUUGUAUAAUAUAACUACGGGUUUAUAUCCUUUCGAAGGAGAUAACAUAUAUAAAUUAUACGAAAACAUUGGAAGGGGUGAAUAUACUGUACCGAAAGAAGUAGAGGAGCCUUUAAAAUCGCUCAUAGAAGGAAUGUUGCAGAAAGAUGCAGAUAAGAGAUUUACAUUACAACAGGUAAAAAGACACGCGUGGACCAUGUGUGAGCACCCUAAAACACAACAACAAGUACCUAUACCUCCCCUUAAAAGCAAUGGCUGCCACAGCAUGACAGUCUUGCCAUACUUGAUGGAGUAUCAUUACGGAGUCGAUGAAAAUCCCAUAUACUAUACGGAACAUCAACUGAAUGAAGAGCGAAGGCUUCAAGAACUGGAUCGCAUUAGCGAAGAUCGUAAAACCACGUGUAACAGUCAUCACACCAAAUGCAAUACGAACAGUCAAAACAAACGGAGAUGGCGUAAGCCGAUUUCAUGCAUUAGUAUUAAAAGAUUUCCAUCCUGCAAGCCAUCGUGAUUUUGUUAAUUGUGUCGCAUAUUUUGUUUGUAUCUCACUGACUGUGUCAGUUAUAAAGUUUCUCUGAUGGAGAUGACUGAAAGCUUAAAGAAUGGAAAGCAUGCGAGACACAUAUGUAAUGUAGUUAAUCUAGCAGCGUGAAUGGGACACAAAGCAUUUGACAGAGUCAGUUCAAAAGUGUCGGAUGUAAAGAUUGUGAUAUUAAGAUUAAAUCGUGUAGCGAAUAAUUCAGUGACAUCUUUAUUGAUCGUUCAAUGCCUAGGAGAUGCCCAAUCAAAGUCACAUUUCAUUUUGGUGCCAUAUUGACAACACGAUUAAUAAAGUUAUUAAUCGUCUGUGUUUAGCAUUUUAUUUACCAUAAGAUCUCCUCAUCAAUUGUACCUUUGUCUUUAAGUAAGGCCUAAUAAAUCUAACGUUUAUGAUGAGACCAACUGGACGAUUGAACGUAUGUAUACAAUAUGUACAAAUGUACGAUAUUUUGACUUGUCAUUCUAUUUAAGAGCAUUACAUUAGAAAAGUUGAAUGAAUUAAUUAUUGAAGCGA